AUGGAAARCGAAUUGGAGGAUUCCGAGGGCGCUGAGGAAGAACCAGACUGUUUUGUCAGAGUAACGGGAAUCUGUAGAGAAACCACAGAGGAUGCAUUGCUGAACUUUUUCCUUAACACUCGAAGGUCUGGUGGAGGAGAGAUAAAAGACUCCCAUUUAAAAUUAGAAGAAGGAGUCGCCGACAUAACUUUCCUAACUAAUGAAGUUGCUGAACGAGUUGCACAGAAAGAUAAAUUAGUUCUCGAUGGCUGUAAGCUGACCGCAACUCUGAUAACAGCUCCAAAGAGUCUUCCAAUAGACGAAAGAAGUGUACAUGUGAAGGGGAUGAGCGAGAACACGACAAAGGACGGGUUGGUGAUGUAUAUGGAGGUGGUAAGCGGAGAGGAAGUAGAGAACGUGCUCUUUGGGGACACUUGUAAUGCUAUGGUCAUGUUUAAGGAACCUCCAGACUUUGAGAAGUUAAUCAAGAUGUGCAGUAAGAAAUCUCUAGAUGGAAAAAGUCUUAUUAUGGAACAAGUCAACAUGUGUGACUGCAUUGAGGUUACUAGUCUCUCUCCGAAGACAACCAAAGAUGCCAUUUUGUACUACUUUGAAAACAGCAGGAAUGGAGGUGGAGAUGUGAGGAAGCUGGAAUAUGACGAAGAGGCAGGCCGGGCUGUGGUAUUAUUUGAUGAUCCGUCAGUUGUUGAUGUUGUAAUUAAGCAAGAUCAUGUGAUAGACGGUGCACAUCUGACAAUCAAUCACUACUACGCGUUCCUUGGCGAAAUAUCCCAAACAAAUCCUAGUGGCGGAAAGACAGAUAAAGUUAUCAAAGUAAAUCCAAAUAACUUKCUGCUUAUUAAAGAAUUUUUUUCUCGAGAAUUUGACCAGCUUCUCCAGGAACACCAAGUAAUGUACAAAUGGCAGGAAGGCUCAGGGGAGAUUGUUCUUUGUUGUGUUGAGACCAAGAUGGACGAGAAGACAUGGGAGAAUUCCUGUGAAGCUGUCGUAGCCUUCAUUAACCAGAUGGUGACAGAAAAGAUAACUAUAUCGCAASAAAUUUGGGAGAAGAUGGCGGCUGCGGCAAAAGAAAAGUGCGUUGUAUAUGAAAGACAAAUAAGUAUACAACAUGUAUUUAACUUCAAAGCUGAGAAGGAAAAUUCAAURAUAUUGAGAGGAAAGAAAACCGAUGUAAGUGAUCUGGCGAAGCAGUUGCAAGAUUUAGUCUCUCAAGUUGAGGAGCAAAUAAUGAUUGAAAAAAGCAAAAUUACAGAAAAGAUCAAAGUCUCUGACGUUCAAAUGGCUUUGAUAAGUUUUAGUGGAUUUGUUGAUGGUCUCACGACAAGACACGAAGGCCUUGAAGUGUCAGUGAUAAGUGAUUCCAAUGAUCAAGUAAUUCAACUACGAGGGCUUGAAGAAGUCGUGAAUGAAUGCACUGCCUUUGUCUGGGAAACGCUCUCCAGAGUUAAAGAAAGUGAGAUGAAAUUUUCCAAUUCUGUGAUUGGUGUUCUUGGCUCUGAAAGAGGAAAGGCAUUUAUUCUCACAAGUUUCAAGAAUAACAAAAUUGAAGCAAUCAUUAGUUUUGACAGCACGUCUGAUACGCAACUUAUGAUCAUAGCUAUGGAUCGGGAUCAUAUGAACAAGGCAGUGGACUUUCUCAAGAAUACUUUAGCAGAAAAAAGCAUUCCUCUUGAUACAGAUCAAAAACAAUUGAUUGGCUCGGAUAAAUGGAAAGAACUUAAGCAUUCCAUCCAACAGUCGAUGCUGUUACAAGUUACAGAAGAACCAGCAUCAAGCACAGUGUGUAUAGCUGGUAUCAAGCAAGAGGUUGAGAUCGCUAAAGAAAGAGUUGAAGAGUUUUUCGACAACAAUAUCAUCUCGAAUCGAGUUAUUGAAGCUGAAACUGGUCGCGUUAGGUUUCUUUUUAAAUUUAGAUUACAGUCCAUGAAGAAUGUUGAAGACUCUCUGAAGAAACACUCAGUUAAAGUUUUGACAAAAAGUGGUGAAAGCGAUGGUAAAGUUGUUGUGUCUGGUACAAAGGAAGGAAUCAAGCAGGCGGUUCCAAGGAUUGAAAUGUYGAUAAAAAGUGUUAAAGAACACACUAUAAUGUUAGAUGCACAAGGAUCGAGUAAAUUGAAUAAUGACAAGGAAUGGCUGGAGUGCCUUCGCGAAGUUGAGAAGAAAUACAGUAGUGUUAUUGAGCAAAGCAUUGAAUCAAAGGGAGACGACGAAAAGUGGAGAUUCGGGUCUUAUUGCAAGGAAAGGAGCACUAAUAUCAAGGUUUCUUUUAUUUUGCUAUUUUGUUUUGUUGAUUGA